AUGGCAGAAAAUGAUAAAAACUAUGGAGAAGAAUUAGCUUCAACUUCUCAAGAAUAUAAGUUUUCACUUGAUAAUGCUAUCGAGAUUUUUGAAAGGAUGGUUUUGGACUGUGAAAAGAAGGUCGUUCCUAAAUCGGUAGAAGAAACAAAGAAAAAUGUGAGCACGCAACGUUCUCGCUCUAGGUCCAAUCAAGUCAAAUCUCCUAAUGCCAUAUUCAGGUGGCGACCCUACUCAUUACCGAGAAGGUUUUCCGUCACGAAAUCCAAAUCUAGCACAGAAGAUUUGUCGUCGGUUUUUAGUAGAGUGCGAUGGCGCGAUUUAGAUGUUGAUGUAGAUGAUCUCAAAUAUAGUUUAUUGGAAAGAAAGGACAAUAUCUCGUGUAGUGUUCAAGCUGCUCGAGCACCUUCUCCCACAUUCCUUGUUGAUGAAUUAUCCGAAUAUUUUGCUCAUUUCGUCCGAGUCGACUUGAAGAUGUCCGCUUUAGCUGAGUCCAUGUAUUGUUAA